CUCUAAAUUAAAACCCCAAACCUAACAGUGAAACAUCCACUCUUUAUGUCUCCAACAAUGGCUUCCAUCGUCCAAAAGAUCCUCACAAUAUAUCUCUUCAAGAACCUCAUUUCUUCCUCACCGAAGCCGCCCGUUUUCCGCUUCUUUUCCACCGCCACCUGCGAGAAUCGGACCCAGAAACUCGAGCGCAUCGCCGACGAGCUCUUAGAUCUUACAAAGCUCGAACGCUAUGACUAUUCCAUCCUCUUCCGUCUCAAACUCGGCCUCAACCGCUACGGUCCUGCAGUCUCCGGUGUCACCUCCCCAGCCGCGUCGGCCGGAUCGGGCGCGGCGGAAACGAAAGCCGCGGAGAAGACGGCGUUCGAUAUAAAGCUGGAGAAAUUCGAUGCGGCGGCUAAGAUAAAGAUAAUUAAAGAAGUGAGGACGUUUACUGAUUUGGGAUUAAAAGAAGCUAAAGACCUGGUGGAGAAAGUUCCGGUUGUGGUUAAAAAGGGAGUUACGAAAGAGGAUGCUGAAGCCAUUAUUAAGAAACUCCAGGAAUUGGGUGCUACAGCGGUACUCGAAUGAUUCCUUUUUUCCCCCCUGAAGAAUGUUGUAGAAUAAUUGUUGCUUUGAUAAAAUGAGAACAAACAAGACUUCAAGAUUGUUUUGUUCUUGGCAUGACCGUUGGAAUCUGAAAGUGAAAAAACUUUGCUGAAAUUCAUUUAUAGAAGAUUGGGAUGUUUUGGUUAAUUGAAAUUCUUUCAGUUUUGGUUGGAUUAGAU